AUGUCCGCAACGCCGCCGCCCCCCUCGUCCAACGCCUUCACCGCUUAUCAGCACGGCCGCGCUUCUCCUGGAACUUACCGCGGGUCAGGCAGCGGCGCGUAUUUGCGGGGGUCGCCGCACCAACCAUCCGGCUCAUCGCCGAUCUACCCAUCGAGCCACCCGCGCCGCGGUGGCGGUAACACGCGCGCUCGCGUGCAUACAUACGGCUCCGUCCACGCUGACCCAGCAGCGUCACGUGCGGCGGCCCCGCCGGCGUCGCGUACCCCUGCGCCACGCGCCACCACUGAUGUCGCCACGCCGCCGCUUCCCUACGCCUCCUCCGCGGCUUCGCUGCCUCCCUCGUUCAUCUCGAGCGAUGUUCUGAGCAGCCUCAGCGCCAGUGUGCAGGAGAGCCUCUCCGGGUAUCUGUACUCGGACGCCAUCGAGCUUGCGCAGCGCCUCUUCGACUUGGAGGCGUCCUACGCACACCUGCACCUGCUCGCUCACUGCUACACCGUCAGUGGGGCGACCGGCACGGCGUACCGACUCCUGCAACACUACUACCCUUUCCUGGAGCUGCAUGUGACACGACCACGAACGGCUGGUGCUUCUACAAGUGCUGCUGGCGGAGCGGCAGGGGUGAGCAGCGGUGUCCUUCCCCUUGACGCUCGCCGCACCUGGACAGCCUCUUACGGCGUGCAUCCGUCGCAGCAUCCGUUCGCGUUGGGCGUGUCCUCGACGGCAGCAGCGGCAACGUUCUCAGCUUCGAGCAACGAGGCCAACCCAACCUCGGACGAGCUCGAGCUGGGCUACGGGACGGUUGACCUGCAGUCGCAGUGGGACUGCCAGUACCUCCUCGGCGUGUGCUGCUACCGCACGCAGCACUACGAAGACGGCGCCAAGGUGCUGUCGCAGCUGCUGUACGUGUGCCAUCAAGUCACCACAGCCUCUAGUGUUCUUCGGCGGAGGCUGCAGCAGCUUCGCCAGAAGCAGCAGCAGCAGGUGACCGUGCGCAGUGAUACGAGCGAGGAAGACGACGCUGGUGUGGCGGCAGCAGUACGUGCCACGGAGAGACAGCUGCGGGCGUAUGCCUUCGUGACGGAGGCGCGCACUUCGCAGGUGCUCUACUGGCUGGGUCUGUGCGAGAAGCAUCGCCAGCGGCACCCGAUCGCGGCGGAGUACCUGCGCCGCGCCUACGUGGCCUACCCGCUUCGUCUCGAUGCGUUCCAGGAGUACGUGCACUUGGCGUGGCCGUCGGAGCAGGUGGUGCAGUCUCUGCUUUCUGUGAAGGAGUCGCUGAUCGAGGAAGAUGAUGGAGCGGAGGUCGAUGUCACGGAGCCACCACAGCAGCGGCAACGACCUCCGCAGCGUCGCGGCCGAGACGCCACCGACAUUGCUGUCGACGUGGACGCCGAUGCAGAUGACGAGGAGCAGCGUGCUCCAUGCAGCGCUGCUGCUGUUGCUGCGCUCGCUAGCGGUGGUGGCGGUAACCAUAGUACUGUCUCUGUCUCACCGCAUGCCACGCAGCUGGUGCGAACAGGCCCGUCGGCGGUGGCGCUGCCAGCCCCUCGUCUCACGGCACAGCAGCGACGGUGCGUACAGCAGCACCUGCGGCCGUUCCUGCACGCUGCUUUCCUCGGUAUUACCUACCGCUGCCCAGAGGCAGUGGAAGCCCUUCACGCGCUGCUUGCCCAAGAGCAGCAACAACAGCAAGCCGCAGCGGCAGCGUUGGGGUCGGCGUCGUCGUCCACGGUGGCCAGCCUGCACGGCUCAGCGCGCGCUGGUAUGAUGCGUUCACCCUCCUCCUCUUCCGCGCCGCUGUGGAAGAGCCAAGGCAGCGGCAGCGCCGCAACGGGGGCCGUGGCAUCCACGGCAUCGCCUUGGCUGCUCCGCCAGCUCGCCCUCGCCAACUUCCAUAACGGCGAUAUUCCGGAGAGCGCGGACGCCUUCGAGGGGCUGCUGCGUACCGCGCCGUGGGAGCUGACGAAUCCGGCACUCAUCUUCUACAGCACAGCGCUGUGGCACCUCAAGAGCGAGAGUGCGCUUGGCAGCCUCGCGCAACGGCUCACCGACGCCGAGCCGCUCAGCGCUACCACCCUGUGCGUCGUCGCCAACGCAUACAGCCUCAUCAAGGACCCGCGCGACGCCUUAGUAAUGCUGAAGCGGGCUGUGCAGGUGGCGCCGACGCUGGCGUACGCGCACGCCCUGCACGGGUACGAGUUGCUCGGUCAAGACAGCAAGGCAGAGGCAGAGGCGGCGUUCAAGGCGGCGCUCGCCGUGGAUGCAUCGCUCUACAUCGCCUACGCCGGCCUCGGGGAGCGGUUCAUGAGGGAGGAGCAGAUCGACAAGGCGCGGGGGUACUACAAGGAGGCAGUGAAACUAAACCCGACCCCGGCCAUCAUCAACCGCUUCGCCCUGACGUACCACCGCCAGGGCAAGUCGCUUGCCGACCUCAAGACGGCACUGCGACUCUACACAGAGUCGCUGGAGCGGCACCCGAACAACGUCACAGCACGACGGCAGCGCGCCGACGUCCUGCUGCGGCUCGACCAGCCGACGCAAGCACUGGAGGAGCUCAAGGCGCUGCUGGUGCAGUGCCCUGGCGAAGCUGUCGUGUACGUGACCUUGGCGGAAUGCAUGGUGUGUCUGCGGCGUCCACACGAGGCCCUGCAACACUACCAGACAGCCAUGCACCUUGACCCCCGGCGGGAGAGCUACGUGCAGGGCUGCAUCGACCAACUCGUCGCAGCAAACAUGCUGUAA